AUCAUGAAAACUAAAAAUAACUUUUGGUCUUAAUUUAACGUUAGGGUUAGUCAUAAGGUUAGCAGUGUGGUUACGGUUAAGUUUAAAAAAUAAUCGAAAUUGUAGAAAUAGGCGGGGUUUAUUACUUUAUGUAUGUAUGAAUUAACUAGUGACGACCGCCAGGAGCGGGACAAAAAACAUGGGGAGAAUGUCAAAUAUAUUUGAGUAAAAACUCUCCGUUUCUACUCAAGAAAAGGAUGAUUCGGUAUGUCCCGGGUGGAAUAGGGAUUGCAAAGGGCACUGCGUGUGUAGCGCGUAGCUAAAUGGAGUCGGAGCAGCUCUUCAACGGGAGCGGCUACUACAGGAACGGCUACAACAGUAUCACCAGCGCCAGCAGCGACGAGGAGCUGCUGGAUGGCACAGGGGUUGUCAUGGACUUCCACACCUCCGAGGAUGACAACCUUCUGGAUGGAGACACCACCUCACCAGGAUCUAACUACGUCAUGUCUAACGGGGGAGGGGUGCUGAGCAGCACCACCCACCUGCUGGACUUCCUGGAGGAGCCCAUUCCGGGGGUUGGCACCUACGACGACUUCCACACCAUCGACUGGGUCCGGGAGAAGUGCAAGGACCGGGAACGCCACCGCAAGAUCAACGCUAAGAAGAAGGAGUCUGCGUGGGAGUUCACCAAGAGCCUGUAUGAUGCCUGGUCUGGAUGGCUGGUAGUGACGCUGACAGGACUGGCCUCAGGUGCCCUGGCGGGUCUGAUCGACAUCUCUGCUGAUUGGUUGAACGACAUCAAGGAGGGGGUGUGUCUGGAUGCCAUGUGGUUUAAUCACGAGCAGUGCUGCUGGGGCUCCAACGAGACCACUUUCGCCGAGAGGGACAAGUGUCCUCAGUGGAAGAGCUGGGCGGGGCUCAUCCUGGGCCAGGAAGAGGGUCCUGGUUCCUACAUCAUGAACUACUUCAUGUACAUCUACUGGGCUUUGUCCUUUGCCUUGCUGGCUGUGUUACUGGUUAAGGUGUUCGCCCCCUACGCCUGUGGCUCAGGCAUACCUGAGAUAAAGACCAUCCUGAGUGGGUUCAUCAUCCGGGGUUACCUGGGGAAGUGGACCCUGCUGAUCAAGACGGUGACCCUGGUGCUGGCUGUAGCGUCUGGGCUGAGCCUGGGGAAAGAGGGACCCCUGGUCCAUGUGGCCUGCUGCUGUGGAAACAUUUUCUCAUACCUCUUCCCCAAGUACAGCAAGAACGAGGCCAAGAAGAGAGAGGUCCUAUCUGCAGCAUCAGCGGCUGGGGUGUCUGUGGCUUUUGGUGCUCCCAUAGGAGGAGUACUCUUCAGCUUGGAGGAGGUGAGCUACUACUUCCCUCUGAAGACUCUGUGGCGCUCUUUCUUCGCUGCGCUAGUGGCAGCCUUCGUCCUCCGCUCCAUCAAUCCGUUUGGAAACAGCCGUCUGGUCCUGUUCUAUGUGGAGUACCACACCCCCUGGUACCUGUUUGAGCUUAUCCCCUUCAUCCUGCUGGGGGUGUUUGGAGGCCUCUGGGGGGCCUUCUUCAUCAAGGCCAACAUCGCCUGGUGCCGAAGGAGGAAGUCCACCCGCUUCGGGAAAUACCCCGUCCUGGAGGUCAUCUUCGUGGCAGCCAUUACCGCCGUGGUGGCGUUCCCCAACCCCUACACGCGACAGAACACCAGCGAGCUGAUUAAGGAGUUGUUCACUGACUGUGGGCCGCUGGAGUCGUCCCAGCUGUGCCAGUACAGGAGUCAGAUGAAUGGGAGUAAGGCGUUUGUGGAUGUGUCUCCUAACAAGCCAGCGGGGCCCGGGGUGUACACAGCCAUGUGGCAGCUGUGCCUGGCGCUCGUCUUCAAGAUCAUCAUGACAAUAUUCACCUUCGGACUCAAGGUUCCGGCAGGCCUAUUCAUCCCCAGUAUGGCCAUCGGGGCGAUCGCCGGGCGAAUUGUUGGCAUCGCCGUGGAGCAGCUGGCGUACUACCACCACGACUGGUUAGUGUUCAGGGAGUGGUGCGAGGUAGGCACCGACUGCAUCACCCCGGGACUCUAUGCCAUGGUGGGGGCCGCUGCAUGUCUGGGUGGUGUGACGAGGAUGACAGUGUCUCUCGUGGUUAUUGUGUUUGAGCUGACUGGCGGUCUGGAAUACAUUGUGCCCCUCAUGGCGGCCGUCAUGACCAGCAAGUGGGUGGGCGACGCCUUUGGGCGUGAGGGCAUCUACGAGUCACACAUCCGCCUCAACGGGUAUCCUUUCCUGGACGCCAAGUCAGAGUUCACACAUACCACACUGGCGCGGGAGGUGAUGCGACCGCAGCGUAGUGAUCCGCCGUUAGCGGUGCUGACACAGGACGACCUGACGGUGGAGGGACUUCAGGUGAUCAUCAACGAGACCGGCUACAAUGGCUUCCCUGUCAUCGUCUCCAAGGAGUCUCAGAGACUGGUGGGCUUCGCCCUGCGCAGGGACAUCUCCAUCGCUAUAGAAAACGCACGGCGAAAGCAGGAGGGUAUCCUGCUGACCUCGCGGGUCUACUUCACGCAGCACGCCCCCACCCUGCCCGCCGACAGCCCGCGGCCCCUCAAGCUGCGCUCCAUCUUGGACAUGAGCCCCUUCACCGUCACUGACCACACGCCCAUGGAGAUAGUGGUGGACAUCUUCCGCAAGCUGGGACUUCGCCAGUGUCUGGUGACACACAACGGGAUUGUAUUGGGCAUCAUCACUAAGAAGAAUAUAUUAGCGCAUCUGGAGGAGCUCAAGGAACACACGGAGCCCCUGGCGUCUCCUUGGUAUUAUCACAAAAAAAGAUAUCCUUCGUCAUAUGGCCCAGUUGACCAACCAAGACCCCGACAACAUAAUGUUCAACUAGUCACCUCCUUCCCAGGUCGUCACGAUGAUGAGGAGGAGAGCGAGGAGGAGGUGGUGCACCUACUGGAGGGUCGAGGCUCCUCUCUAUGACAAACAGCCCCCCCCCAUGGAACCCUGUCCCUAACCAUAGUGACUGAGAGCCUUAGUGACUAGGGACCCUCCCACAGAGCCCUAGUGGCCACAGGAAGGAUGAGACGGACAGAUUAAAGGGACAUUAAAUGGCUGUUUUUGAAGGAUGUUCCGGCCACAAAGUCACAGCUACUACGGACUGGGACAUAUAUACCCAAGGAACACACAUUUAACACACACACAUACAGGAGCUCACACUCACUCAUACAAACACAGAUGCCAGACAAGAGCACACACUUGACCUCCUACACGCACGCACACACACACACACACACACACACACACACACACACACACACACCCACCCUUCAUGCUCCUCCACCCAUGUCCUAUUCCUAUUGGUUUAUACUAGCAGACAUUGCUGUGAGCCUAAUGCCUGGCUGCCAGGGUGAGAUGUCAGAAUGAUCCUCUAGGACACAAGGAGGGACCUUCAGACACACCGAUUUGCUGUCUGCCAGAUACCCUGCCAGGCUCCGACCCCACUGUGUCCCUCCCUCACACCCCGUCCAUCCUCAAAAUAAUUGUUUACCUGGGAACUGUGUGUGAGAGCAAUCAAGAGUGCUUGUGUGUGUGUGUCACGAGCACCUCAACAUUCCAUUCAGGUUGUUAUAGUAACCCCCUAAAGACAACCCUUGAUAUUAGACUGGGCCUCGAUCCAAGGGAGAUUUGCUUUCAUGUGAGAGAAGGAGAGAGAGCUAGAGGGUUGUCAAGGAUACAAGCAGGAUGUACUGUAGUAGUUAGUUCAUGUCUGAGUGUAUGGAUGUGUGUUGUAGUUCAGUAUGUGAAAACAGAUGCAGUGUUGUACAGAAGAGUCUGAUACUCAUCAGUUACUCCCUGUUGAACUAAAGAACUGUGUGAGCAUGUCCCAUUAGGAUGGAGACCUAGCAACACUCCGACAGUGAAGGUGGGGAGAGUUUGUAGAAGAAAAUAUUAAAAGGUUGAGUUACUCUAACUGGAGAAGUUUUUUUUUACUAUUGCUACUACUUUUAGUAUUGAUAUCUACAUAAUCAAGUAACGAGACAAAGUCAAGACUGGAGAAGUGCACUUUUUCUUUCCAAGUGAACAACAUAAAUGAUGAUGUCGAUGGUAAUACUGCA